UGAAAGGGAGAGCGUAGGGGAGGGAUAGUGGGACAGUGAGCUGAGGAGAUACAGAGCAUAUCAAGAGGCAGAGAGAGACCGGUACACGUCGAGCCUUCCCAAGAAAAUGACCAAUUUCGCAGGCACUUGGAAAAUGAGAAGCAGUGAGAAUUUUGAUGAACUACUCAAAGCACUUGGCGUCAAUGCUAUGUUGAGGAAGGUGGCUGGUGCCGCGGCGUCCAAACCUCACGUGGAGAUCAGGCAGAAUGGGGAGCAGUUCUACAUCAAGACCUCCACCACCGUGCGCACCACCGAGAUCAACUUCCUCAUAGGCCAGGAGUUCAAUGAGGAGACGGUAGAUGGCAGGAAGUGCAAGAGCCUGGCCACAUGGGAGACCGAGAGCAAAAUGUACUGCAGGCAGACUCUCCUGGAUGGCAACGGCCCAAGAACCUUCUGGACCAGAGAGCUGAGGGGAGAUGAACUCAUACUGACCUUUGGGGCAGACGACGUGGUUUGCACACGGAUUUACGUACGAGAAAAUAAAUAACGUAGCUUCAGGACCGACCAGGACCAUCAUAAUGGGCUCCAUCCCCCUUGGUACAGCUGCAGUAACUCUCCAACACAUCCAUCUUCAGAGAAAUAUUUCAUAGCAUCAUAUAUCAGAUUAAACAGACAUUUACCAUGCUUCAUGUAACUAGACCAAAUGCAAUUGUAUUUAGACAACAUUCUAACAUAAAUACAAUUGUAUUUAGACAGUGUUUCUCAUGCCAACUGCCACUUUAAUAAAACAUGUUUCAUCCUUUUUGUAUUUAGUGUUUUGUCAGUAUUGGAAAUAAGAGACCAUGUACAUAUCAUUUCAAUAUAUUGUAUUAUUUGGUCAGGGAGUACGGAGACCAUGCAGCCAAAACACAUCGGUUUAAAAACGUUUCUAUUGAACAUGCCAUACUAAUAAAGGCCAUUUAAUUAAUUA